AACAUUUUGGCACUUUUUGGUAUAUUAAUGUAUAAUCUCAGAAUCUUCCUGUUUAUACAAAUUUCAUCAACUCUCCCUUUGCCUCCAAUCCUUUUUCCUCAAACAGCACAAAUCUUCAACUUCACGUUCAAACCAAUGGUACAUGAACUUGAACAGCUGAGGUGAAUACUACAGUUUCUUCACUACUUGCUUUCUACUGGAAUCUACCAUCUGAAGCCGAGGGUUAACAUAAAAGUGGGACCAUCAAAUUCUAGACGAUGGACUGCAACAAAGAAGAGGCCAUUAAGGCUAGAGGGAUGGCUGAAGUUAUGAUGCGAAAUAGAGAUUUCGUUGGAGCUAAAAAGUUUGCAUCUAAAGCCCAGAAGCUCUUUCCUGAUCUGGAGAACAUUACACAGAUGGUUUCGAUUUGUGAGGUGCAUUGCUCUGCAGAGAAGACGUCUUUCGGAAAUGAAAAAGAUUGGUAUAGUAUUCUUAAAGUAGAGCCAACAGCUGAUGAUGCUCUUAUCAGGAAGCAAUAUCGCAAGUUUGCUCUCUUGCUACAUCCUGAUAAGAACAAGUUCCCUGGUGCAGCUGAUGCCUUUUCACUGAUUGGUGAAGCUAUAUCGGUGCUUUUGGAUGGACCGAAACGAACGUUGUACAACAGUAGACACAUUCCUUCAGGGAGAUUUCAAGUACCAAUGCAGCAUAAGAGCUGCCAGCCAGAUACCAGGAAACAUCACAAGGUAACUCAAUCAGGAGCUCCAGAAAGCGAACCAACCUUUUGGACUAUCUGCCCAUGCUGUUCUAUUAAGUACAAGUAUCAUAAGACAUUUCUAAAUCAAUUGUUGCGGUGCCCCAAUAGUAAGAAGUCGUACAGAGGUUAUGAAGUGAAUGAUUCAGUUGCAACACCCGGAACCAGUAGGAGUCAGCCUACUUCCAGUCAGAAGAAGGGUGCUGAUGAGACCCUAGCCAGGAAUUCAUUUAUACAGCCAGAGUUUCCCUCAGAGGUUAGUCAGGAGUCUAAUAGAAAUGGAAAGUCGGAUAAUGCAUAUAGAAAAAUGAAUAAGGAGGGAUUAUCAGGGGAAUAUAAAAGGAAAAACACAGAGAGAAAGAAGAUAUCAAUAGAAUCUAGUGAAAAAUGUGAUUUAUCAGAAGAUACAAAUUUUGAAGUGGACACUCAUGUUCCUGGGCAGAAAUCUCAAUGUCUCACUAGGGAAAACCAGCGAAGAUCUACACGGUGUAGACAGCAUGUCACUCACCGUGAUAAUCUUAGUGAUGAAGAUGAAGAAGAAGGUCCUUCUAAGCGAUCUAAGGGAGUUGGAUAUCCCUCUCCUACUAAGGAAUCCGAGGUUCAGCAUUUGUCUCAUGCAGCAACUCCUAAGGGGAAGGAGAAGAAAUUGAAGGACAGUUUGUCCUCUGAAGAGCGCUUGCAGAACACAGAGCAGGAAGCUGAGACUGCAAAUGGAAGAGUGGAUCUACCUUUAAAAGGAAGUGUUGAUUGUCCCUCAGAUGUAGGGGCUUCUGCUAUGGCUGAGCCAAAAAUAUAUCAAUGUGCAGAUCCAGAUUUUAGUGAUUUUGACAAGGACAAGGAAGAAUCUUGCUUUAAGGUUGGACAGGUAUGGGCUAUUUAUGAUUCUCUAGACGCCAUGCCUAGAUUUUAUGCGGUCAUCAGCAAGAUUGUAUCUCCUGCAUUUAAGUUGAGCAUAACUUGGUUAGAGCCAGAUCCGCUGAAUGAAGAUGAAACCAAAUGGCUGUCUGAGGGCCUUCCAGCUUCUUGUGGUAGGUUCAGAAAGGGAAACUUGGAAGACAUUGAAGAUCUUCCCAUGUUCUCCCAUUUGGUAUGUGCAAUAAAUAGACAUAGCUGUGGUGCCAUAAAGAUAUUUCCACUGCAAGGAGAAACUUGGGCCAUCUUUAGAGAUUGGGAUUUAAACUGGUGUUCUGGUCUUGAGAGGAAGAAGAAGUUCAAGUAUGAUUUUGUUGAGGUCUUGUCAGACUUUGCUGAUGCUAUUGGUGUGCAUGUUGUAAAGUUGGUGAAAGCAAAUGGUUUCACUUGUCUUUUUCAUCGAGCAGGACACCCAUUUGUAGUUCCUGCAAAGGAGAUGCUUAGAUUUUCUCAUAGAGUUCCUUCUUUUAAGAUGACAGGGAUGGAGAGGAAUGAUGUUCCUGAAGGAUCUUUUGAACUAGACCCUGCUUCCUUACCUACUGACCAAGUAGGCAUUUCUGCUUCAUCUCUAGACGAGAGAGAGAGAGGUAAUUUCAUGGCAUACGAUCACAUGGAUUCUGCAGAAAAGUGUGUUGGAUCAGUACCUGAUCAGGUUGCUGAACCUAUAUUCUACUGCUUUGAUGCUGAGAGAUCACCGGAGAAGUUUGAAGUUGGUCAAUAUUGGGCGAUGUACAGUGAUGAAGACGGCUUACCCAGGUACUAUGGGCUGAUAAAGAAGAUAGAUCUUCUCCCUGAUUUUGUGUUGCAUGUGGCAUGGCUGUAUGCCUGUCCACCCCCUAAAGGUACAACACAGUGGCAUGAUGAAACAAUGCCGAUUGGGUGUGGACAGUUCAAGUUUCGAAACAGUAAGCUGAAGCCAUAUACUGGAACCGCCACCUUUUCACAUGAAGUAGCAGCAGAGGUUUUGAAGAAGGGUUUAUACAAGAUCUUCCCGGGAAAAGGCGAAGUUUGGGCAGUGUACAAGAACUGGAGCGCUAAGAUAAAAGGUAAGAAACUAGAAGAUUGCGAGUAUGAGAUUGUUGAAAUAGUGGACGUUUCCACUAGCUAUAUACAAGUGAAGUUGUUAGUGAGGGUACAAGGCUUCAAGUCUGUCUACAAGCCUCAAGUGGAAGAAGAAGGAAGAGUGAAAAUAUCUAUGUCCGACCAUCUCAAGUUCUCUCAUGGAAUCCCUGCUUUUCGCCUGACAGAAGAGAGAGGUGGCAGUCUUCGAGGUUUCUGGGAGCUUGAUCCAGCCGCAAUGCCGCUUUAUUUACUGUGCACAGAUUGAUCAGAGGCAGCCUGAAUAAGCGUCCAAGUUGUUGACCAAACUGUUUGUACAUCAUGCCAAUUAUGAUAUAUUUUCUUAGUUUAUUUAUCUAUCCCAGUACCAGUAUUUGAAGCUUUAUGUAACAUUAUGAAUAUGACUUGUGCUUUUUAUAACUAGAAUUUGAACUUUUCUUAACAUCUUUCUUUUUCCUGAUAGUUUAUAAAUGUUCACUUCUUAUUUGGAAAAA